GCGCCGAUCCCACCCCGCCCCGGCCGACGGCUGAGGUUGACCUGGAUCUUCAGAGCGCCCGCCGGCCUGCAGGGAUCGCCUUCGUCUUCCGGGCUGCCUUCUGGAGCGCGAGGAGCGCUCUCCUCGCGGCCCCUCUCGCCGGACCCGCGGAGCCCGAUGGCUCGGAUGGGGCUUGCGGGCGCCGCUGGACGCUGGUGGGGACUCGCUCUCGGCUUGACCGCCUUCUUCCUCCCAGGCGCCCACACCCAGGUGGUCCAGGUGAACGACUCCAUGUACGGUUUCAUCGGCACGGACGUGGUGCUGCACUGCAGCUUCGCCAACCCGCUGCCCGGCGUGAAGAUCACCCAGGUCACGUGGCAGAAGGCCACCAAUGGCUCCAAGCAGAACGUGGCUAUCUACAACCCGGCCAUGGGCGUCUCGGUGCUGGCCCCCUACCGCGAGCGCGUGGAGUUCCUACGGCCCUCCUUCACAGACGGCACCAUUCGCCUCUCCCGCCUGGAGCUGGAGGAUGAGGGCGUCUACAUCUGCGAGUUUGCCACCUUCCCUGCUGGCAAUCGAGAGAGCCAGCUCAAUCUCACUGUGAUGGCCAAACCCACCAACUGGAUAGAGGGCGCCCAGGCAGUGCUUCGAGCCAGGAAGGGGCAGGAUGACAAGGUCCUGGUGGCCACCUGCACCUCGGCCAAUGGGAAGCCUCCCAGUGUGGUGUCCUGGGAAACGCGGCUGAAGGGUGAGGCGGAGUACCAGGAGAUCCGGAACCCCAACGGCACGGUGACCGUCAUCAGCCGCUACCGCCUGGUGCCCAGCCGGGAAGCCCACCGGCAGUCCCUGGCCUGCAUCGUCAACUACCACAUGGACCGCUUCCGGGAAAGCCUCACCCUCAACGUGCAGUACGAGCCCGAGGUGACCAUCGAGGGGUUUGAUGGGAACUGGUACCUGCAGCGGAUGGAUGUGAAGCUCAAGUGCAAAGCUGAUGCCAACCCCCCAGCCACCGAGUACCACUGGACCACGCUGAAUGGCUCCCUCCCCAAGGGUGUGGAGGCCCAGAACAGAACUCUUUUCUUCAGGGGACCUAUCAACUACAGCCUGGCAGGAACCUACGUCUGUGAGGCCACCAACCCCAUCGGCACCCGCUCAGGCCAGGUGGAGGUCAAUAUCACAGAGUUCCCCUACACCCCGUCUCCUCCCGAACACGGGCGUCGCGCCGGGCCAGUGCCCACGGCCAUCAUUGGGGGCGUGGUGGGGAGCAUCCUGCUGGUGCUGAUUGUGGUCGGCGGGAUCGUGGUGGCCCUGCGCCGGCGCCGCCACACCUUCAAGGGUGACUACAGCACCAAGAAGCACGUAUACGGCAAUGGCUACAGCAAGGCCGGCAUCCCCCAGCACCACCCGCCCAUGGCCCAGAACCUGCAGUACCCUGAGGACUCGGACGACGAGAAGAAAGCCGGGCCCCUGGGCGGCAGCAGCUACGAGGAGGAAGAGGAGGAGGAGGAGGGAGGAGGCGGCGAGCGCAAGGUGGGCGGCCCUCACCCCAAAUACGACGAGGACGCCAAGCGGCCCUACUUUACGGUGGAUGAGGCGGAGGCCCGUCAGGACGGCUGCUACGGGGACCGGACUCUGGGCUACCAGUACGACCCUGAGCAGCUGGACUUGGCGGAAAACAUGGUUUCCCAGAACGACGGGUCUUUCAUUUCCAAGAAGGAGUGGUACGUGUAGCCCCGUCUGCAGAGCCCCUGCCCCAAGCCCACACCCGCACGCCCCCUGCCCGCCCCCCACCGUCCACUGCCCCAGGAACUCGGCAGAGACUCACCCAGCUGCUCGGGGUACCUGGGAGCCCAGGGCACGCCACCUGGCUUUGUUCUGAUUUCCUCCCUGCCCCCCCACCCUCCCCCA